UCCACAUCAACGGAAGCACGAAUCUCAACGAAGCGUCGCCCGUUUAAAUUCCCACGCCAUCCAUCCAUCUCCGCCACUUCGCUCGUCGUAUUCACCGCUCCGGCGGCGACGCCAUGAAGGAAUCGUCCCCGGCCGACUCCUCCGCCGCAGGAUCUCCGCUGGAGAUCUUCCCCUGCCGCAUCCGCCGCCGCCGCCACCGCCGCUCCCGCUCUCGCUCCCUCUCCACCGUCGCCGCCUCCUCGCCCUCCCUCUGCUCCUCCGCUGUCCCCUUCUCGUGGGAGCACCGCCCCGGCAUCGCCAAGAACCCCAAGGCGCCCCCCGCUGCCCGCCCCGCCCGCCCCGCCCUCCCGCGCCCGCCACCCCUCCGCUCCCUCCCCGUCACGGACUGCCCGGCCGCCGACCCGUUCGCCAUCGCCCUCGCCGAGUGCGCCAAGGGCCCCCCGCCUGCCGAGGACGACGGCGCCGACGACAGAUGCAGAGUCGCGGUCGCUGUCCGGCGGAAGGUCGCGGCGCUCGUCGGCUGGUUCGCGCUCUUCGACUUGUACGGCUCGUGCAAGGCCGCGGGGUCCGUGGCGGGCGCGACGCUCCGCAUUCCCCGGCCCGGCUCAGGGAGGAGCUGAACCGACCCGACCAUAAAGAAUGAUUCGCCGGUCCAAGAUAAGUCAAUAAAUAAAACACUGGGUUUAUCGUAUGGCCAACAGUCACGCCAUAAUGAUCUUAAUGGGUUAGUCUGAUUGUAAUAACAGUACAGCAUCAAUAAAAUGAGCGCAUUAUCUUCGUAA